GCACGAGGGACUGACCGAGCCUCCAGAUUCCCCCCUUUGGCUCCCCUGUCCUAUCCUACCGGGCGCGCCGUGUGUGUCUCGGACCCUAAAGAACUAUGGAUUUUAUCAAUAACGGCAGUGAAAAUAACAAUACGACCACAGCCUUUCCCGAUGUUGUGGAUGUCAUUCCAGAGUGGGGUGACAAUGACAAAGAAAAAGGGUCUAGAAGUGUUCCCGAGGUGGAGCUGAGUUACCAGGUGAUCACCUCUUUGCUGCUCGGCGCGCUCAUCCUCUGUUCUAUAUUCGGCAACGCGUGCGUUGUCGCGGCCAUCGCGCUGGAGAGGUCUCUCCAGAACGUGGCCAACUAUCUGAUCGGCUCGUUAGCCGUCACGGACCUCAUGGUAUCAGUUCUGGUACUACCCAUGGCGGCCCUCUACCAAGUCCUGAACAAAUGGACUCUGGGACAGGAGAUAUGUGACAUUUUCAUCUCUCUGGACGUGUUGUGCUGCACGUCGUCCAUUUUGCAUCUGUGCGCAAUUGCCCUGGACAGGUACUGGGCUAUCACAGACCCCAUAGACUAUGUGAACAAACGGACACCCAGGCGAGCGGUGCUGCUGAUCAGCGUGACUUGGCUGAUUGGGUUCUCAAUCUCCAUCCCGCCCAUGCUAGGCUGGAGGAAAGCCGAGGACAGGGCGAACCCGGACGCCUGCACCAUCAGCCAGGACCCGGGCUACACCAUCUACUCCACGUUCGGAGCUUUUUACAUCCCGCUUAUCCUCAUGCUGGUCCUCUACGGGCGGAUAUUCAAGGCAGCCAGGUUCCAGGUUUGGAAAACUGUGAAGAAAUCGGAAAAGGCAAAAGUGUCGGACAAGUGCUUGGCCGUGUCUCCGGCUAUUUUCCACAAGAAGAUCAACGUAGAGGCGGGGGGAAAGAACUGGAAACACAGUGUGGAACCUACAUCCAAGCCUUCGUGCGUAAACGGCGCGGUGAACCACGGGGAGAACUGCGAGUCGUUGGAGAUCAUAGAAGUUACCAACAAUUCUAAGAACCACCUGCCUCUCCCCAACACUCCACAGUCCUCACAAGAGGUUGAGAACAGGAACGAAAAGAACGCUGAGGCAAAGAGGAAAAUAGCUCUGGCCAGGGAGCGGAAAACGGUAAAGACGCUCGGUAUCAUCAUGGGGACUUUUAUUUUCUGCUGGCUACCGUUUUUCAUCGUGGCUCUGGUCUUGCCUUUCUGUGCGGAUAGCUGUUACAUGCCAGAGUGGCUGGGUGCCGUCAUCAACUGGCUGGGCUAUUCGAACUCUCUCCUAAACCCGAUCAUUUAUGCCUACUUUAACAAAGACAUCCAAAGUGCUUUCAAAAAAAUUAUAAAAUGCAAAUUCCAUAGACAGUGAGCCGUUCAUCAGUAAAGUGUUUACGUUUACUUCAUUCCAAUGAUGGAGUUUAUGAAACGCACAAAAGCAACGUGUUAUUUUCAGGGACUGUCUCUAGCCGACGGUGUGAAUUAGAAACAGAAUAGCCUAUGGGUCAUAUACAGUGAGACGUGGAGAGAGACAUGCAGUAUAUUUGUAGGCCUAUUAUGCUGUGUAGCAUAUUCGAUGUUGUAGAUAUCUGCAAGGCAUCGUUGUAUUCCCAUGUAAGACGUGUUAUUCAAAUACAAUUCACAGAAUUCAUGCAUUCCAUUCACGUGACCUGGUCUCAGAGCAUUUCGUAUUAUUCUGUACGUAAAUCCGAGACACUAUAUUUAGUAUGAUAUGUUACGUUUCGUAUGGUAUGUAUCCACGAGACACGAAGG